AUCUGAUUUCCCUGGGAGCGUGGUUUAAGGCACACUCAGGAGAAAUCGCCCUCUGUGGAGCAGGGGCACAACCCCUCAGUGGCUGCGCACAUCAACAGCUCUUCUCUUUGCGGGGGUGAGAAAACCCACCGGCUUAUUCAUUUUCUGGGGAAACAUCAGCCGGCAGUGAAGAGCAAAGGGAGCAACUUUUGGGGUCUACGGGGUCCACGUGGGGCGGCAGGGAGGUGGCAUCCAUGUGAGCCUCCAUCCUUGCCCCACUGAAGAGACCAGGCAGGAGCUGGGGAGCCUCACAGAGCCAAAGGCCAGCAGAGCAAGCACAGAAGGCAGAAGCAGCCGCCUGGCCCCAUGUCGUGGGACACGGGGCAGCACGGGGCCCCUGGGCUGCCCAGGGGCACACUGCAGAAAUCAGCAUCAAUGUACACAGAAAUACAGCAGGAGCACUGUGACAGCAGGAGCAUCCUGAGUCAGCCGGACUACAUAGAUGGGAACCCAGACUUGAUCAAACCUAAAAAGCUCCUCAACCCCGUCAAAGCCUCCAAGAGCCACCAGGAGCUGCACCGAGAGCUGCUGAUGAACCACAAGAGAGGCUUGAGUGUAGACAGCAAGCCAGAGUUGCAGAGGGUGCUUGAACACCGACGGCGAAACCAGGUCCUCAGGCAGAAGAAGGAAGAGGAAGAGGCCAAGAAGUUGCAGUCUCCCUUUGAAAAAGAGCUACUGAAGAGGCACCAGCGGCUGGAUCAGCUGGAGAAAGAGCAGGAGAAGCAGGAAGACCAUGCACCAGAAUUCAUUAAAGUCAAAGAAAAUCUGAGAAGAACAUCAACGGUGACUGGGGAAGAAAAAGCAGUGUAGCUUCUGCCAAAACCCAGCGGGGAUCCUACCAAGGCUGAUGUCUCUGUACAUGCUGGACACUCACAGCCACAUCUUUGGGGCUACUCAUGUCAUUAACACUUGCUCCAGUAGAUGGCACAAAAAAGGUUUUCCCAUCCCAGGAAGGUCUCAUGAUCAAAAAGGUGCAGUAUUUACUGAAGAGGCCCUCACACGAGGUGGUGCAGAGCGAAGCAAUGUCCCUUUCCUCCCCAGUUGUGGGAGCACACUAACAUCCAGCUAACUCCUGGUUAACCCUCAUGAUGUGGCCAAGGUGUGAGCCAGGGCAGUCAGCAGAGGGAUGGUCAUUGCCAUGGGCUGGGGAACCCGCAUCCCCUGGAGGUGGGCUCACCAAGCAGGGCAGCAGGGGAGUGGCUGCAGCUCCAGAAAUCUCCUGGCAAAUCAGCGUGGUGACUAAAAGGACAAUCUGCGUAUCACUGGGAACAGCCCAAGGGUUACUGGCACUGCAGAACCGCACAAGACAAACAAUGCUAUCACACUAUGAGAAAAAUCAACUCCUGAGUGCCCACACCAGCUCAGCAUUGGAAGGCCAGGUGCCACGUAUUCUUCACGAGCAUCUUUAAGCUGCAUUUCAGACCUGCUUGUAAAUAGCUGUUGAGCUGUUUGCUCUGUUCCAUGCUUAGGCAGAAAAUACACAGAACUUCCCAUGAAAGCCCCGGGUGAGAGGCUCCAUGCAGGAAUCUGGGGGCUCAGCACAGAUAUGAGCAAAAGAGUGCAGUGAGCAGUCAGCAGCAGAUCCUGUGGAUCUGGCAGAGAGGAGCAGAGAUGAACUGCUUCAGCCCCUCACCUUGGACAUGUGCAACUACAGCAGCCAGCAAAACCUGCCCUGUGAUGCCAUGCUGGUGUCAGGAUGCUGACAGGGGUCACAGCUGGCACCAGCAUGUGUUGUGGGCUACUGGGCAUGGAGGUACUGCUGCAAAGCUGCUUCUCAGCACUUCUCAUCCCUUCUUCCAGAGGCCAGUGCUGUCUCAGUUCAGUUGCCAUGUCACAAAGGUAAAAAUCUUGCUGCUGUCAGAGCAAAGCUGAGGUAGAUGGUGUCUUUGCACCAUGUAUGAGAUGUCUACAUGUAGAGCUAAAAUUGCUCCUUCAGGUAGAUCCCAGCUUCUCACUUCUCACACAGCCUUGCUACAAAGCCUACAAAAGCAAAACUCACUGACUGCCUUCAAACACUGGUUCUUAAACAGCAAGAAUUAACAGGCAUGGUCAGUUGGGAAGGUUUAAUCUAGUUAAACAGUGUCCACCAUCCACAUUUCAGUGGAUCCAUAUGUGAACUAAGGGAAAGGGAGUGUUUAUCACAUCUUUAUCAAGAAGUUACUAAACCAUUUCCCAGUCCGUCUGGCCCAGAAGGGUGUUUCAUUUCAGAGGAUGCUGCUCAGCUUGGCAGAUCAAGUAAAGCAUCUGAGUCACACCACACAUCAAGAGCAGCAGUACAGGGAUGGGGCCUCUGGACAGCAUUGGAUCACAUAACCCCUGGCCUGGUCUCAGUCCUUGAGAGCAUCGUCUCACAGCACCAUCCCUGUGGCAGCUUUUAGCCUCUCACCCAUCACACUUAUUUUAAAGAGGCUGUUCCAGAAAUCUGGUGCACAUGGUCCCUAUGGGUUAAACAAGAUCUGACAGGAUUUGUUACAUCCUUUCCCACCGUGAAGCUUUUCACAUAGUCUGUAAUUAAAACCAUGAGGGAGAAGCUGCAUUGAGCAUUUAUUCAGGCAGGAAAAAAAGCCAAAUUUCUCUGAGAGAAAAAUAUUUUGCUAAGGAUGCUUGUACAGAGCUGUACAGGAUGCUUUAUAAUACCCCAUCGAUUAUCGGUUUCAGUAACAAAUGAGAACAUAUCGAGCUGUGUUUCUGUGAGCAGUUACGACACAGAUCAAGUAACCUUGAUCAAAGAGCUCCAAAAAAUUAAGCAAAUUAAUUUGUAAUUUUGCCACAGAUGGAAAUGCUCUCCAGAAGAGACAAUCUGUCACUCCAUAUGCACCGGUGAAAUCAGCGCUAUCGGUGUUCCUUGCCUGGGACAGGGGCACUUACAGAAGUCCUUGGGUGGGAAGCUGAGUGCUCAGUGCAGGUGGAGAACGUUUGGCUGUUAUCUUCUUGAGUAUCUCUAAUAUCUGAAAAAAAAUCAAGGUGUCUUCCUUUCACCUGGUGUCCACCAAGAGUGGAGAGGGGCCUGGGAUUGCCGAGUGGUGUCAGGCAUCCAGAAGGGAAAGGGGUGGCCAAAUAGCACUGUCCUAGCACACACUAUGUGAAUAGAGCCCAAAGAAAUCCUUCCAUCUGCGGAGAAACAACAGAGUCUGAAACAGGCAGAGCAGAGAGGGCAGGACCCAACAGUGCAGGAUCCCAGCAACCCUAGCUGACAAUCCCAGCGAGAGAUUAUGGGAUAUCUUUGAGCAUCCUUUCCUUUUAAAUGAAUUCCUGAAUUUGGGGUCUACGCCCCCUAGAACGUGCUCCUAAAUAAACGUGGUGUAUCCGGAAGAUGCAGACAAUCAGAAUAUUGACAGAAGACAAUCUUUUGCACUGUGUAUGUUGCCUACGUGGUGUAUAGUUUCUAUUGUGUUGGUGUUCAUAUAUAUAAACGCAUGCUGUGCACUACU